ACUACUGCUACCGUAGAACAAAUAUUACCUUACUGCUGGAAUUCAUCACUGGCAUGGUAAUGCCCCCCCCCCCCCCCUCUCCCUCCUCUCCCCCCUCUCCCCACCAUCACUGUAGUGGCUACUACUGGCUGUAGUUUGUGUGUUAAUGGGCUCGUUCCAGCUGCGCUUCCGCUGCGAGUCACACGUCAACACUUUGUUUCCACAAUGGACGGUGGAGUUUAAUCUUGUUUAAGUGCUGUCUGAUUCCGCUGAGUGUUUCCACUACUGUUUGAGUACAGAAGAAGGAUGCCAGAGAUAAACUGUGUGGGGCAUAAAACACGCCAUUUGUAGUUCUACUCUUGCGCUCUGAGUGAGUCUCUAUGUAUGCAUGUGUGUCUGUUUUGGGGUGUUAUGUCUGUAUAGUGAGUGUUUUUAAAAAGACUUUUACCGGGGGCAAAUCUACACAAAGGAGAACAAAACAUUGGUCCAAUUUGAUGUUGUCUCUAUGUUUAGCAUUUGAGACUGAGCUGUCUUUUUGACAAUAAUCACCUCAAAUAUUGAAAAUAUCUAAAUCCAUUGGUAUGUUUUCUUUACAAGUGUAUGUGGUUGCCAAAUAAAGUCAAUUUAAAGAUUACUCGUGUAAAAAAAAGAUUGAAAUGCAAAAUGCUUAAGCAAAAAGACUGAUAAUAUAUGUGUAAUGGGAAUAUAGCUUUGAAUCCUUGUGUUCAAAGACUGCAAACAAUGUCCACAGUCACACAUAUGGAAAGAAAUAAGGAAUAAUUAUAUUUACUUUUUCAAUGGAAAAGAUGGCAGUCAAUGACAACAUAUUUUUUUCACUUCUUUAAUGUUUUCAAAGAGUGGACAAAAUAAUUAGAACCAAUUUGUGUCGCAAAACAGUUUUAAUGAUAAUCCUGAGGCUUGAAUAACUUCUCCAAAUGUGUGACAAUGCAGCUUUAAACAUCAAGACAGUAAUUUAAAGCUAAAAAGCUUAACAGCAGAGCAAUGUAGUGUCAAGAAAGACUGAAAGAAUAAAAUAUGCAAAUGAGAAACAUCAUUGUGUUAUUACUUGUGUACAUGUUUCCAUUUAGCAAGGGAUUGUGUUUUUUAUUUUCAAGGCCUUAAUUAAUCACAUUUAAACAACUCAAGAGCUGCGUCUUUAUGCAGAAAUAAUGCACAGAUACUGGUAAAAUUACUUAUUAUUAUUAACAGUCUGCAAAAAAAAAAGAUUUUUGUAUCCGACACUUUAAAAGCUUAUUAAGAGUAAUUAAUCUUCAAGGCAGUAACUCUAAGGCUUUUAAUUGAAAUUCACAUUUCUGCUGAUUUAACUAAAGAUUUAAAUGUACCCAUUGUUAGUAAUGUACUUUAAUGAAAUGGAAAAUAUACCGUCAUCAGAAAUUUAAAUUGCUGUGAAAAAUGUUCUGCUCCUUCGUCACAGUCAGGUUUUACGGUUUGCACGGAAAGUGAUGAGGCUUUCACACAGGAGCGUUAGCGUCACAGUGCAGCUGGGUCUGCAUGUGAGAGCUGAAUAGAACCGCAGCCCGCUGGCACAGAUAAGUAGGCGGAAGCGACAGGAAGAUGUCAUCGGGUAAGGAAACAGUGACACGGAGGACGGGUAGAGUGACUGAGAGAAAGAAAAAGAGUCGCACCUUGAGGAAGUUAACAAAAUCAUAGGAGGAGGACAGAGGACACAUUAUUAUCAAAGGUACAGAUCUUUUUCUUUUGUUAAUGUUCCAUCUCAUUUUAUUGUUAUAGCUUAUUCAUGGUCCGAGAAAUUAUUUUGGUGCCACUUUUAUUGGUGUUUUGUUUUAAUGCUCCAUAGAAUGGGCCUCCUGCAAAGCUUCGUGAUCGUCGUGUUAUCUGCAGAGUUGGUGCUCACAUCUCCGCUGAUGGAUGGGAACCACGGUGACAAUAAGUGCAAACUGUGCCCUGCAGGUAGUUAUCGGAAGUCUAGUACAGAGUGUGAGUCCUGUCCUACUGGAUCCUACACAACUGAUCUGAACUGCGAAUCCACCUGCCUUCCUUGCUACAUGGACUGUAAAACAGAUGUUCAUAUGAAGGUGAUUCAGAACUGCACCAGGACAACAAAUGUGAAGUGCGUCUGUGAACAUGGUUUCAAGUGCAUAGUUUUCGUCCCAUACUCUGAAAACUGCAGAACAUGUGCCAAGAUUCCCACUGCCAAAACUGAAGUAGCCGCUGUUGCUUCAGGCAAAGAUAAGCACACACCUUCCUCAGCUUCCCCCGGAAAUAGCAACACUUCCCACAAACCCUGCCAAUCUCCCAAGUGCAGCCAUCAGUCAGUCCCACCGGCAGGAAAUGCUACACAACCCGAAGGUGGUGAUGUGGAGACAAACGACGAGCUGGCGGCCAUCUUGUGUCCAUUGGUUGCCGUGGGAUGCGCGUCGCUCGGGGUCCUCUUGUUCGUUUGUCGCACCGGAGAUGAAACGUGUUUCAAGCGAGCUGUUAUAAAGGUAUGCAAUCUGGGAAGAACGGAUGCUUCUCACAAGUCAAACGACUCAACUCAUCACAUCCCCAGAGACUCAUUCAGCGCAAAGCAGCAGCCACCCUUCCUUCCAGCAGCCAAUCUGGGUCCGGUCCAUGUCCACAAUCCAGGGACGGUCAUCUUUAGCUUGCUGAGUCAGUUUACAGGCCAAGUUGGACCGACCGUUGAAUGUGUAAAGAAAGCUGAAGGAGUGACUGGUGAAGAGGAAGAAGAAGAUGAUGAGAGAUACUGUCCUGUGUUCCAUCCCACUUCUUCUCCGAGUCCCCAUCUGCCUGAAGAGGAGAGGAGGGGAGAGACCGAGAGGGUGUUCUUUCCCUCCCAGGAGCAGGGGAAGGACUUCCACAUGUCCAAAGAGGAGGAGCUGUGAUGCAUCCUGAUAAAUCGAUUGGAGUUGGUGGUUGCGGCCAGACUCAUCACAGACACAUUGUUUUUAAGGAUGCGGAGGGCUGUGAAACCACUUAUGAGUGUGGAGCCGAUCCAUCGUGUCUUUUGCAAUCUAUGAAGGAAUCUCAGUGCCCUGCAGGGACAUUUUUAUCUCCAGGUUCCAAGAAAACAUGCAGUCACUACCACAAAAAACAUGAACUGUGGGAAGAAAAGCUGGAGGGGGAUCUGCCUUGUAAGUUAUUAAUGAAAACAUCAGAUGAAUACUCUUUAAUAAAUUGCUUGCUUUUAGAGUUCAAUAUUUAAUGUUUUGUAUAUAUGAGGCACUUAUUACAACUCAAUUAUAUGUAGAAUAAAAAAGUAGAAAUUCAUGUUUA